GAUGCGUGUGUGAGUGUGUGUGUCGGUGAGAGGGGGAGAGUUUAAUCUUCACUGUUUGCUGUCGGUCAGGCAGCUCCAGAAAGUUUCUCUGGCGCAAACAGAACAGGCCUCCCGAAGUCAUUUUAAUGACGAGUCGCAGGUGAUGAGUAAUCACUGAAAGUGAGAGAACAGUUGCGAGGGCGGCCAUGUCCUCAUGAAUAAUUAAUACUCCUCCCGACCAAUGACAAGCACGGGUUCAGAUGGGGGAUUUAAAAACCGCCAGCAUCACCGGUAUAAAAGGCAUCGCACGUCGCCGGCGCAUUAAUUUACUUCCUCUCAUCUAGACUCCUCAAGUCGCGUUUGAGAGUUUGUCAAAGUAAUUUCAACACUUUUAACCCCUAUUUGCUGAAAACUGAACAUUACCAAUCAACAAAAUGGUAAGUUAAAAAAUAAUUUCUCAUAAUUUUGUAAUUUUUUGGGUCUUAAAAGGCUAUAUAGACGUGCGUUGUUUGAGCAUCGGUUGAGCCAUUUUUAUCUAUUUUUGCCGGCCUUCAUUUCCUUAUGAUCGAACGAUGUUGAAAAAUAACACGGUACAUCAUAAUGUUAAUGGGCCUACAUCAAGUUCACCAUUUAAAAAUAUUUUGUUGUCGGGAAAAGACGACCAAUUAAGAUGGUCCCUCGUGACUAUAAUGACCACGCCCACUUUAUGUUAAUUAUGCCUACACUCUGUACUACGACUGACGACUGUAUUUUAGGCAGGGGAUUAUAGGGUCUCUCGUACUCGUAGUGGACUCCUUGACUUUGACAUCGAUUCAGUGCUGUUCUUAUGCGGUGAUAUUUAUCACUGAACAUGUGAAAUGUGACUUUUUUUAACGUGAUUGUCACCAAUAGUUAGUUUGUGUCACUGACAGAGACUCUGGGCACCCAUGUAAUAUGUUAAUUAGUUGGGGUGGUCUGCUGCACGUUGACGUCUAGACGGGCUGUGGUGAGUCAUCCAUUACGGCCAUCUUUACACUCCCGCUUCUCCCCAGAUAGCGGAACAAGGAAAAGUUGAACUGGGUCCAGUCUACCCUAAUAUAAAUUAUAAUAACCCAGUGACUGUUGGCCUUGGUUUUAGAACAGCACACCUUUUUCUAGUUUAGUCUUAAUCCUUAAGUUCCAUUAUUAAUCAUUUGCUUGGCCAGUUAUACCCUAUAAAUGGGGGGAAAAGGUUAGUGGGUUGGGGAGGGGGGGGGAGAGGUCCACGAAUUUAUUUAAAAAAAUUUUUUUUUUACAAAUUUGAGAGAAGAAACGUUUGGGGGAGAGGGGUGUUAACAAAUCGGACAGUUAUGAAUGGCCACCAAUCAUUAAUCAAUGUCCUAUCAUCCUUUAUCAUUAUCUUUGUACUUUUCCUGCCUAAAUAUAAUCAUGUCAUAAUGUUACUUUGACUAUAAAAUUAAGUAUAAAACAUUCAAGAUUUACCAUCAAGUUACAGAUUGAGACCAUAAUAAUAAUUUUUUUUUUUUUUUUUUUUUUCAGCUGCUAUUACACCCCCACCCCCCAUAAAUAAAAUUAUUCACCAGGGACAUCUGGCUUCCAAAAUUAACAAGUUAUUAGUCAUCACUCAUCAUAUAAUAAAGCUAGUUAAUCAAUAUUAUGACUAGCCUGUACUUAUCAGGCCCCUAUAAUUCAAUAUGAGUAGGCUGAUAAUAAAGCACUGUUACUGGUAGGCCUAAUAUUUAUUAUUCAUUUAUCUUCCUUCAAAUGUAUUUUUAAAAACGUUGAAUAUUAUUUAGGCACUCUGCAAUUGCACGCAGUUUAUUAAUCCUUGGCCUUGGCCGUUUUCUUGUUUACAAUUUGUCAUUAACUUACAUUUACGUUUUAUCAUUUCUAGCGUGAGUGCAUCUCCAUCCAUGUCGGUCAAGCUGGUGUUCAGAUGGGCAAUGCCUGCUGGGAACUCUAUUGUUUGGAGCAUGGUAUCCAGGUAAAAUAAUCAAUAUUUUAUUUAGCACUUGUCUGUUUGUAGCUGGGAGUGGGGAUUAGAGGGACAUUUGACCUAAUGGCAAAACAAGGAGCAUGAAAAUAACUAACGUGAAACAUGUUUCACCUUUUUCAUUUCAGCCCGAUGGACAGAUGCCGUCUGAUAAAACUAUUGGAGGUGGAGAUGACUCCUUCAACACCUUCUUCAGCGAAACAGGAUCUGGAAAACAUGUGCCUAGGGCUAUUUUUGUAGACCUUGAACCCACUGUAGUCGGUAUGUUGCACUUUUUAAAAAUUGCUGUACGUUACCUAUCACGGCAUCAAGGGAGCAAUGAAUUAUUCUGUUAAUCUUUGUUACAUUCCACUUUCACAGAUGAAGUUCGUACUGGUAUCUAUAGGCAGCUGUUUCACCCAGAGCAGCUCAUUACAGGCAAAGAAGACGCAGCCAACAACUACGCUCGUGGUCAUUACACUGUUGGCAAAGAACUUAUUGAUCUAGUUCUAGACCGUAUCCGCAAGCUUGCUGAUCAAUGCACUGGACUUCAGGGCUUCCUCAUCUUCCACAGGUACGCUAUUCCACAAGUACACUAAUUCUGGGCACAUUUUUGCCUCCAUUAUCUGAGUAUUAAUUUAGUAGCCUUCUGCUAAAAUUGUAACUAUUGAGAACAAGACUAUGUGUCAUGCAUUUGAUUUUAUCAACUAUCUUUGUCCUUAGCUUUGGUGGUGGCACUGGAUCUGGCUUCACUUCUCUACUAAUGGAACGUCUAUCUGUUGACUAUGGCAAGAAAUCCAAGCUGGAGUUUUCUGUAUAUCCAGCACCACAGGUAUAAAUGAGCAGGCCUAAAUGGGAGUUUAUAAUUGACAUUUUAUUUAUAGUUAACUUAAUUUAAAUAAAAAAUAUUCCUUUACCUUUCUAUGCUUAAAAAUUUAAUUUAAAUAUAGGCAAUGUAUUUAAAAAAAAUGUUAAACACUGCAGGUGUCCACUGCUGUUGUUGAACCCUACAAUUCCAUCUUGACAACCCAUACCACUCUGGAACACUCAGACUGUGCAUUCAUGGUUGACAAUGAAGCCAUUUACGACAUCUGCCGCAGAAAUCUAGACAUUGAACGACCUUCUUACACUAAUCUGAACAGACUGAUUGGCCAGAUUGUCUCUUCCAUUACUGCCUCCCUCAGGUAAUCACUAUGAUGCCAUUCCACUGUAGUUAGUACUAUUGCUUUAUUUAAAUUAUAAUGUAUCUUAAAAUCUAUUGACCGUUUUCUUUAUUUUAACAACUUUUUGAUUAUCCUUCAUUGUCUAGGUUUGAUGGUGCACUCAAUGUUGAUCUGACAGAGUUCCAGACUAACUUGGUGCCAUAUCCUCGCAUUCAUUUCCCCCUGGCUACGUAUGCUCCUGUCAUUUCAGCUGAGAAGGUAUUUACACGUUUUAAAAAAAUCUCUUAAAACCUUUCAGUAGCAGUACAUGGUACUGUAGCACCCAUCAAGAAAUUUACUUCAGUACCAAGCAAAGGGGAAUAACUUAAUUUUUACCAUUAAUUUGCUUACUUUAUAAAUGUAUUACAAAUCAAUCUUUCAUCCUGUCAACAAAAAAAAAUAAUAUGCUGAUAAAUGUAAUGUAAAGAAAUGAUAGAAUUUUAAUAUCUGUAAGUUGAGGACCAGUUACACCCUAAAUUCUUCAAUAUCACUUGAACACAAUGGGUUAAACCACUCAGAUCUAUCACCAACUUCUACUCUGACCCAUCUGGGAUAUCAAAAUGUUGAUGGUAAAGUAUUAUUCUGAGAAUAUAUUGUACUGUUUUGGGAGUCCCAGUGUAACAAGGUCUGUAUAUAAAAAGUCGAAAGUAGCGUUAAGUCAAGCGCCCAACCAACAAACCCCCCAAAAAUAAGAGCUUCCCUCUUCCUCUUUAUAUAGACUCUUUGUAAAUCCUUAAGGCUGUUACCUUUACAAGUACUAGGCAACGUUGAAAAUGUGCAUUACGGCCGUAUUUCGCCAUUACGCAACUGACAGGGUUAAAGGGUGCUACGCUACUGAAAGGAUUAGAUUUUUGGGUCAAUGUUACACCUGAUAACUUUAAGAUCUUAAAAUUUUAUUUACCUCAGGCUUUGUUUAUCAAGCUAAGUCUGUAAGCUUUUAUCUAUCCGGCUCAAUAUGUACUAUUCAUAUCUCUAAUAAUUAAUAAAUUUAUAUUGUUUAGGCCUACCAUGAGCAGCUUUCAGUUGCCGAGAUUACCAAUGCCUGCUUUGAACCAGCCAAUCAGAUGGUUAAGUGUGAUCCACGUCAUGGCAAGUACAUGGCCUGCUGCAUGUUGUACCGCGGUGAUGUUGUCCCUAAGGAUGUCAAUGCAGCCAUUGCUACCAUCAAGACCAAGAGGACCAUCCAAUUUGUUGAUUGGUGCCCAACUGGCUUUAAAGUAAGAGCCUUUCCAUUUACCAUAUGUCUUGGUUUUAAUAGUUUUAAGCGACUUUGUCAAUACUUUGUCAAUUAGUUGUUUAAAGUAGGUAUUCUAAAUGAAAAUUUCAUAAUGAAAUUAAAUAAAAUUGAACUAUUCCUCUAAAUAGAGCUUGGCUUCAUCAAAACAGAACCACAAAAUUUAACUCUAUCUCCAAAAUUAAAAAAGUUAUUAAUUUUAAAAAAAUCAAGAACAGGGUCAAUUUUUAGACGCCAGGAAAGUGUAGUUUUGACACCCGCUAUCUUCUAAAAUAACUAAGUUAGAACUUUCAAAUCUCUUGCACACACAACCAGUUAUACAUAUAACAAACUCAAUUUUUUUCAGCGUUGUCACUAAAAUGUAAAUACAUUUUUUAUUCAUUCAAAAUUGAGCCGAAGCUCAAUUUUACAAAUAUUAAAAGGGAGACAAAAAGUCAAUUUUAGUUCAUUUUCAAAAAAUCAUAAAAAAUCAAUUAAUCAAGCUAUUGUAAAUAUACAGGAGUCAAGUAAAAGGUAAUUUAAAGCACAACAAUGUGAAAUCAUCAGGCAUAUGGUGAAACCAAAAAAAGAAUUUACAUAAAUUAUUUCAGCAAGGCAUGUACACAAAAGCUAAGAAUUUCAUCGAUUUUUAAAAAUUCAUAAAAAAUUAACGAGGCAAGAUAUCUUAACAAAUUUUACACAGUAUUGUAGAAAAUGUUAAUCUUUUUAAUAAUAAAGCAACAGGCUGAAGUUUAGGAAACAAAAUUCUGCUCAAGAAAUAUUAUUUUUGUAUAGUAUUUUUGCACUGAAAAUUUAUAAUUUCCAGCACCUUAAAAAACGUUAAUAUUAUAUAUGUAUUUUUAAAAGUUCUGGAAAAUUUGUCGGAAAAAUAAUUAACUCUGAAUUAGUAUUGAAAGUCAAUUUGUUGCCUUUAUUUGCAUGUCUGUAUGGGUCUUGAGACACCUCCCUACACUGGUUUAAUGACAAAUUUCCGUACAUAUACACCAACAAUCUGUGAAAAGAAUAUUUUGUUUAAUUUCCAUUUAUUUUAAAUUGUAUUUAUAAUAUUAUUGUAAUAGUCAUCAACUUAGCAUUUAUGAUCAUGUCAUUACUAUCAGUAUAAUAACAAAAUGCACAUAAAACUAAUGAUAUUACAAGGGGUACUACUAACCUGUACUGUUACAUGGCCUAUGCUAAUAUGUUGUUGACUGAUGACAAUACUGACAUUCUGUUUUGAAGUGGUCUGAGUCAUCUCGUUCUUUUGUAAUGGUAUCUGUCUCACUCAAGGUCUUAAGAUGUUUUCAGUUUAAUCCACUGAAAUAUGAAAUGUUAAAAUUAAAACACAUAAAUAUGCAUACACCGUAUAUAAUUUAUAACAAUAGUAAAGCAAAGUGGUAAGUUUUGAGUAAGGUUAAUUUUGGAAUCGGACAUUUACGAAAGGAGUGAAACACUAGGUACCGGUAACUAAUUUUUAAAACUAGCUUUAUAACUUAGAAAAAGAAUAAUAAUUAACGUUGCAACACUUUCUAAUGGAUCAUACCAUAUAACUUAAUUGAUAAAAUGGAUUAGUUAUCGAAUUUCUAGUUUAAAAAUGAACUCCACUAAAAUUAAAGCAUCCCGUUCACCCUCGCGACAAUAAUGCUUCGACCCAACAUGAAUGCUUCGCUCGAAUCGACUAUAUUAUCCGAGUUCAAUGAUUUACUGCAGUUUCCAAACAAAUUGCAUAGCUACAAAAUAAACAUCAUUAAAUAUUUAAACAUUUCAUUGAACUAAUUACAUACAGUUUCCUUUAUUUUCUCCGCUAUUGUAAAAUAAAUACAGAUGAUUUUCAAAUAAAGCUUGAUCUUCAUUUUUCACUAGGCGUAAGAAACACGCAUUAGUUAUCGAUAAGCCCACACUAAAUUAACAAAUUUAUGAAAUAAGCUUUCUAUAUAAUUUAAACAUUCCCAAACGAAACAAUGUUUUAACUUACCUAUUUCAGUUUAAAAUCCAUGAAAAGGCACUCAAUUUAAGAAGAUCGUAGAUAAAAUUUGUCAUCGCAUAUUGCUUUGACCGAUCCGAGUUCGCCGUGGCGGGGUUGACUUGGUUCCAAGCGUUUGCGCAAUGAUAUCGUAUAUGGGGGGUUCGUGGAAUUAUAACAAUUUUAUAGUAAAUUUUGAGAGCCGUAAAGUGAUUUUUUUCACAUAGAAAACGCAAUUUUUGUGUUAAAAUCGUUAUUUAGCAUUAAUUUACAGUUUACAGCUCCAAAAAAUACAUCAUAUUAAAGAACUACUUUUCUACUUUCUAGAUCAGUUGUCACUGAACGCACAGGUAUAACGAUACAUUAUCGCAACGAGCUGGCGCGACCCAACCAAAAAAUAAAUUUUCUCCCCGCAGCGUAAAUUUCGCCAGCUUAUUUAGAAUACCUAUUUAAAGUUGCACUAAUAUUUGUAAAAAAAUAUAUAUAUAUAUAUUUCAUUAUGAGAAAUUUGUUUGCUCAUCAGGUUGGCAUUAACUAUCAGCCUCCAACUGUUGUUCCUGGGGGUGAUCUGGCCAAAGUACAACGGGCUGUGUGUAUGUUGAGCAACACAACUGCCAUCGCAGAGGCAUGGGCUAGACUUGACCACAAGUUUGACCUCAUGUAUGCCAAGAGGGCUUUUGUUCACUGGUAAGGAGUACAUUUUCUUUCAGAUACCAUUAGUCUGAGUUAAGGCUUUGAUUCAUAAAGCUACCAGACGCUUUCGACAAUAAGAGUAUUGGAAGUGAAAUCUUUUGUGUCAUGUGCACAUUUACUCUCCCAAUCUAUAAUGUGGCUCUUCUGCCAAACUCUAGUCUAAGUCAAACCUUUUUUUUAUAUGCUUUGAUAAGAUUAUGAAAACAUAUUGGUAAUGCAUUUAUUUUCUGCAGGUAUGUUGGUGAAGGUAUGGAGGAGGGUGAGUUCUCUGAAGCACGUGAAGAUUUGGCUGCCCUGGAGAAAGAUUAUGAAGAGGUUGGAGUUGAUUCAGUUGAAGCUGAGGGAGGAGAAGAAGGAGAAGAAUACUAAAUUUGUCUCCAGCAUUAUCCCCCAUUUUGUUUUCUUGUCUUAUUUAAAAAUUUUAUACUACUCUUUUAGGACUAUUUUUCUUGGAUCAAGAAUUUAAAAAAAAAUUAGUGUUCAUUUGGUUUACCAUUUGAAAAUUGCAUUCCACAAUCUUCCUGUGUAAAAUUUUAUUAUAGAGAAGAAAUUUUGAAUAGUGGGGGUAAGGAACAAAUAAACAUGAAUUCUUUUCUUUAA